AUGGGUGGUGUCGAUACGAGUGGCUGGAAACCGCGCCGUACGAAGGGUACCGUGAUCUACAAGACGCGCAACCAGUUUGCCUGGCUCGUGAUAGCGGCCGGCACUGCGGUCUUUGCUACGUACUACACUAUCGUUAGUUACAUCGGUGGCGACGAUCUGAAGCAGCGGAUGAGGAGAGAUUUCUACGAGAAGACGGAAGAGGAAAUUGAUCGGCGGAACUUGAUGCGAUUUAGUUUAAUCGCACCGAAGCGAGGUGAUACCAUACGAAAGCUUCUUGAAGACGAAAAAGAGGAGCAAGCGAAGAAGUAG